AUGGCUAAAGGUCGCGGAACAACUUUUACCACAGUUCGAGGAGAUGGAAACUUAGCGAUUACUAAAUGGCAAGACAAUAAGCCAGUAUAUUUGCUCUCUUCUUGCUAUGCAGCCGAAAAAACUGACACUUUUAGACGUUGGUCAAAAUUACACAAAACAUAUCUGACUGUGACGCGCCCGGAAGUUAUAAAAGAAUACAAUUUGUCCAUGGGUGGAGUUGAUUUAGCAGAUCGAAUGUUGUCUGACUGCCCAUCUCGUGCUAGAACGAAGAAGUGGACCAUAAGAUUUAUACUCCACAUGCUUGAUAUUGCAGUCACUAACUCGUGGUUUGUGUAUCGUAUAGAAUGUAUGGUGAAAGGUAUAGCUUGCAAAAGAAUAAUGCAACUGCAGGAGUUCAAAAUGAGUUUAGGUCACUAUUUUGUCAAGCCAAUGACGUGUCAAGUGAUAGCACAGAAUCAGACUCUGAAGGAAUACUGGAACCUAAACAUAAAAGAAGAAAGGUGUCUAUUGUUCCCUUACCAUCAGACAUAA